GACUCUCCGUUAUGUUUCUGAAAGCUCUCAAGACAAAAUCAUCUCUGAUGAAGAUGUGUUUGAGACACUACUCCGAACAUUUAAAGCACUGUUCAUAAAUGACUUCAGCAGACAAGCAGAUAUUUUGGCCUUGCUUCCAGAAGUCAAGUGCCAAUACCUGGAGUUACUGACUGCUGGGCAGGAGCAGUCAGAAGUAAAUCCAUGUAACCACCAGAGCCAGCGUGUGUGUAGUCCAGAGGAAGUUCUGUUCAACACUCUUGGGUUCUCUGUCAGCAGGGACCGAAGCUCCCUGGUGUCUGCUGGAACUGGAGUCUUUGUUACCAAAGGUUUUGUGCCCAGAGGGACAGUUGUGUCCAUGUAUCCUGGUACAGUGUACAGAAAGCAUGAGCCCAUCUUUUUCCAGUCCCUUGGCAAUCCCUUUAUUUUUAGGUGCAUUGAUGGCAUCCUUAUUGAUGGGAACGACAAAGGACUGUCGAGAUCAGUGUACAGGUCUUGCAGCAGGAGAGAUCAGCUUGGCCCAUUUCACAUGAGCGAUGAGAGCUGGCUCACAGCUGCCCCACAGAACCCACUGGCCGUGGGGCAGUAUGUCAACAACUGCUCACAUGAAAAAGCAGCCAAUGUGUGUUACCAAGAGUUUGAUGUGCCAGGACAUUUUCCAGUAGAGCUGAAACAGUAUCUUCCAAACAUCGUCUACAGCCACGACACAGAGAGCCACCUGAGGUGUGUAGUUCUUGUCACUCUCAGAGACAUCAAGCAAGGAGAAGAACUCUUUUCAAAUUACUACACUGUUGUCAGCUGAUUUAACAGAUUCAAGACUGAAGAAAUCAAUAAAAUAC